AAACAAUCCAAAUCCCACACGCCGACGCCAAGUAGCUACGCCUGACGACGUGCCCCCCCUCCUUCCCUCUCUCCGCCCAUCUCCGCCCCCCGUUCAUCCGGAAAUCUUAUCAUCGUCAACAGUCGCUUUUCUAUUGCAAACAUGUCCUACGAAGAGCGCGCCAACCAACACCCCAACUUGGGCGACGAGUCCGAUGUUGAGGAGGAGGCCCUUGUCAACGACUAUCGCGAGCAGGUCAACUAUGAUGAUGGCAUGAGCGAGUUGGACCGGACUACAUCUCUUGGAGCUGGCUCGCAGGCGCAGGAUCUUCAAGCACAGCUGGCCGCCGCCGCGACCCCGCUUGAAUACCAGGCCACGCUGGAGACUAAAUUUGCGAGCUACGAUAACUACUGCAGCCUUUUCCACUACAUCCUGAACUCGGACGGCCCUGUUGAACUGGAGGUUCCUUCGUACUACUGGGCUUGGGAUGUGAUCGACGAGUUUAUCUACCAGUUCGAGUCUUUCUGUCGCUACCGCAACCGUGUCGCUCGCAGCGGCUCCAACGAGGAGGAGGCACAGCUUCUGCGUGAGAACCCGAACACGUGGGGCUGCUACUCCGUCCUUAACGUUCUUUACUCCCUCAUCCAGAGAUCGCAAAUCAACGAGCAAUUGGCUGCCAUCAAGCGUGGCGAGGACCCAUUGACCGUCGCUGGGGAAUAUGGCUCUCGUCCUCUGUACAAGAUGCUGGGAUACUUCUCCAUCAUCGGACUUCUGCGUGUCCACUGCUUGCUCGGUGAUUUCAGCCUUGCCCUGAAGACUCUUGAUGACAUCGAGAUGAACAAGAAGGCCAUGUUCGCCCGUGUUAUGGCCGCUCACUUCACGACCUACUACUAUGUCGGUUUCUCUUACAUGAUGAUGCGUCGCUAUGCCGACGCCAUCCGCAUGUUCAGCCACAUUCUGGUUUACGUCUCCCGCACCAAGAACUUCCAGAAGGGCGGCAACAGCUACGAUGCCAUCGCCAAGAAGAACGACCAGAUGUACGCUCUGAUCGCUAUCUGCGUUGCCCUCCACCCCACUCGCUUGGAUGACACCAUUCACUCCGCUCUCCGUGAGAAGUACGGCGAGCAGCUCAACCGCCUGCAGCACGGUGGUCCCGACGCCCUGCCUCUGUUCGAGGAGCUUUUCCGCUCGGCCUGCCCCAAGUUCAUCAGCCCCACUCCUCCCGACUUCGAGAACCCUGCCCUCAACGUUGACCCGGUCGACCACCACACUGCCAUCUUCAUGGAUGAGGUCAAGAACACCCUGUACAACCCUACCAUCCGUUCCUACCUCAAGCUUUACACGACCAUGGACCUGAAGAAGCUGGCUGGCUUCCUGGAGGUGGAGCCUGAGAAGCUCCGCUCUUGGUUGCUGAUCAACAAGCAGCGUAGCCGCCAGGUCCGCUGGGUUGAGGGUGGUCUGUUGGAGGGUGAACCGGCCAUUGCCAACGAUUUGGACUACGCCCUCGAGAAGGACCUCAUUCACGUCAGUGAGACCAAGGCUGGACGCCGCCUUGUGGAUUGGUACCUUCGCAACCUCGCUCGUGUCUACUAGAUUGACAGCCCACUACGUCGAUCACCGUCUUCGACGCAAGAGUUUGAGGCUUGAGAUCUCGGAGAUGCGACCACUCCGUCUUCAUAGCCACGAGGGUCGAUGGUAUCCACGUGGACAACACGGCACUCCUAUUGCCGAUUGACCGGGCAACUCGACCCUAUGGACGCACGAAAUUGAGGUCAACAGUGACUUGGUGGCUUAACCUCCCACC